AUGUGGCGCAUCGCCCUCCUGGAAGUGACGGACCGGAUCUUCAAUCGGGACCUCCGUCUCGGAACCCCACCAGGCCAGUCUGUCCGGCUCCGUCCGGUUGCGCCUCGCCCCACACCGGCAGAUGGACCCGUUCACGGCAGGGAGCUUCGGUCAUCCUCGCCUCCCGAGAACAUGAGGUCAGGGCUUGCUACUCGGCUCGGGCGCUCCAUCAAAACGUCGGAUUAG